CUUUAAAUAAAUAAAAGCAUGCUACGUAGAAGUACGAAGGUUCUUGACAGUUUUAAAGAACAUUAUCACCGUGUCCAUUUACCUCGACGUAUUGCUUUGCAGCGAUACAAACGACGUGAGCAAGAUCGCCUAAGGAAAGCCCCACACGCUGCAGACACUGGCCUUGCAAAUAGUGGCCAUGACAGCCCCAACACAUCUGGGGAGAUUCCCUACAAGUACAAUCGAUGGUGGGUCACUAAUGAUCACGAAUUCCUGCAUCAGUUUGCCGUCGUGGAGGACCCCGAUGUUGUUAGAGAGCGCCGCACCACUCUCCCACAGGUAACUAAAGAAAACAUUUGGAGAGAACCACAGCAACCCUUUUUCAUGCCCUUUGCGCCAUUCAUUAAAGUGGUCGACUAUGCCAAUGAUCCCGACACGAAGUUUUUAAGACCAGUAAAUGUGCCUAGAUGGAAAGAUUACAUGCAACGCACCAAACCGGUCGUCCCUCGAACUUGGUACUAGUUAUAUCGAUGCUGAUAAUAAUAUAUAUAUAUAUAUAUUGCCUGAAAUUGAGAUUUCUACUUAUUGA